GAACUUAAUAGGAAGAGGCAGACCUCAACCGAACUGCGCGAAGAAGUAAAAUUCAGCUUUUUCUGCAGAGAGGAGAAGGAAAAAUGGGGAUUGUGGAGCAGCCAAGACAACCGACGAUCGAAAUCAACGGUCUAAGGUUCACAUACCCAGGGAUCGACGGUCAUCCACCGCCGGGUUCCAAGCCUCUCAUCGACGAUUUCUCACUGACCCUCAAUUCAGGGGAGCGAUGCCUUCUCGUCGGAUCCAAUGGCGCCGGGAAAACGACGAUACUGAAAAUACUGGGAGGGAAGCAUAUGGUGGAGCCUCACAUGGUUCGGGUUUUAGGCAGGUCGGCUUUCCACGACACUGGCCUGACGGCUUCCGGUGACCUUUCGUAUCUCGGAGGAGAGAUUUGUUGGUGGGUAGUGCAGUGGCGAAGGGAUGUUGCUUUUGCUGGGUUCGAGGUGCCAAUUCAAAUGGACAUUUCUGCAGAGAAGAUGAUAUUUGGUGUGGCCGGUAUUCACCCUGACAGAAGAGCUGAGCUCAUCAAGGUAUUGGAUAUUGAUCUCUCAUGGAGACUGCACAAGGUUUCUGAUGGGCAGAGAAGAAGAGUACAGAUCUGUAUGGGCCUCCUUAGACCAUUCAAGGUUCUUCUACUUGAUGAGAUAACAGUCGACCUCGAUGUGCUAGCCCGAGCUGAUCUUCUGAAGUUUCUAAGGAAGGAAUGUGAGGAAAGAGGCGCCACCAUCAUCUACGCCACUCACAUAUUUGAUGGCUUAGAGGAAUGGCCAACUCAUAUGGUGUAUGUGGCUCAUGGGAAGUUGCAAUUAGCAAUGCCAAUGGCCAAAGUCAAGCAGAUUAGUAACCUCUCACUGAUGAGAACGGUUGAAAGUUGGCUGAGGAAAGAGAGGGACGAGGAUAGAAGAAAGAGGAAAGAGAGGAAAGCAAGUGGCCUUCCUGAGUUUGAAGACCGGCUGGAGGGAACCCGUGUAGUCGGGGAUCCAGCUCGGGCAGGUGCUCAGUUCACAAACAAUGGUUGGGCAGCUGGAAGGCUGCAUUCAACUGUUGCAGGGGAAGAUAACUUCCAGUUGAGCUCCAACAGAGUGCUGAGGUGAUGGAUUGUGAUGAAGAUCAAUCCGGUCGGUGGAUCUUCGUUUACUUGUGUGUGUUUUCAUGAUAUACGAUUUGUGAGGAGGAGACUACUCACCAUGCUGAUUCCUUUCAAGUAUAUGUAGGUUUCUGGGGUGGCAUUCUUUGGUUGUUUUUGUAUUAAGUUAUUGUAAAAGAAACAUGUAAUUGUAAGCAGAGAAUGGAUGAACUCCUUCUGGGGAAAGUGGAACUUAUAUAGAAGAGAUAGAGGAGCGCAAACGGCGUCAAAGUAUUCACCAUGUACUACUCUCUACCUUUCCCUGACGGUGACGGGAUUGGUUUUAACUUGUAAUACUACAGCGUAAUGCUGAACCAGUUUUUCUUAAUAAAAUACCGUGUUUGUUAUUUUACCGAAUGCUUCUAGGUCAAUUUUUCUUGUUUUGUUUUCUCAAGUUCGAAACCUCUGUAAUCUUAG